CAGAAAGCUCCGACCCGAGCGGCCCAAACGCCAAAAUCAGAGAAAGCGAGGAAAAAUCGCGAUCGGCUUCUUCAGCCACACCGCCACACUGUGUUCAUCAGAUCACUCUAUCUAAAUUUCCCGUAAAGAAUUAUGAAGACCAAAGCCGCGUGGGAACCUGAAUACCACAGAGUAUUUGUGGACUUGUGCGUCGAGCAAAAGCUGCUGGGGAACAAACCUGGAACGCAGCAUUUACUGGAACCAUUUCAACAGAGGACAGGCGCGAGGUUCAACAAGAAGCAGCUUAAGAAUCAUUGGGACACAAUGUGCAAGCAGUGGAAAAUAUGGCGUAGACUUGUACAAUGCAGUGAUAUGAAAUGGGAUCCUGAGACGAGCACCUUUAAUGCCAGUGAUGAAGACUGGGCCAACUAUAUAAUGAGGAAUCCUGAUGCUGGGCCGUAUCGGCUGAGUCCUCCGUUGUUUCUCAAGAAACUAGAGAUUAUCUUUGAAGGAAGUAACGUAGAUGGUGGUAGUAGAGACGAUGACUCUGGUUCUAGUAAAUGGAAGAGGAAGCGAAGAAGCAGGCAUCAUGAAGAAGAAGCUGAAACUGGAGAUGAUGAUAUGCAAAUCGCGUCUAAUUUCUCGACUCGUAAUAUGCAAAUCGCAUCUAAUUUCUCGACUUCUCAGUCAAAAGGGUAUUGGUCACCGGCCACACACGAGCUGUUUGUCGACUUGUUGGUCCAGGAGACUUACAAAGGAAACAGACCUGACACACAUUAUCCAAAGGAAAGUUGGAGAAUGAUGCUUGAGACUAUCAAUCAAAACUCUGGGAAAAGUUACACAAGAGCGCAGAUGAAAAACCACUGGGAUUGUACGAGGAAAGCUUGGAAGAUUUGGUGUCAAGUUAUUGGUAAUCCUAACAUGAAGUGGGAUCCAAAUACUCGUACUUUCGGCGCAACGGAAGAGGACUGGAGAAUCUUAAUAAGGGAAAACCCUAGAGCUGCACAAUUCAGAAGGAAACAAGUUCCUUGCGCGGACAAACUAGCAAUCAUCUUCGAAGGAGUUAUUGAACCAGGAAAAGCAGAUUUCCGUCCUUACCGCAAGAAAAUGCGGGAUCAUUCCGAAUCACCACAGCUACAUGACCCAACUCCAUUAUCAACACUCUACAUAAACGAGCCAGUCACUGGAAGUGAAGAUGGAGAUGAUGGUGAUGAUGAUGAUAAUGAUGAUGAUCAUAAUGGUGACGAUGAUGCUGAGCCUUCUCACACUCCGCAUCGCAGGAGAUAUAACAGUGUUGGUUUUGCAGAGUCUCGGUUACAAGAUAUUGAGAUUGAAACUCCGAUAUGUACGCGGUUGGAGGCCGAGAGGUUAUGUGAGGGUCCGUUAGCAUCGGCUAAGCAGUACCAGUAUACGAUUGGUGAAUGUAUUGAGUGUUUGGACGCCAUGGAAGAGGUAGAGCAAGGCAGUGAUCUGUACUUGUUUGCGUUGGAUCUGUUUCUGAAGAAAGAGUACAGAGAGAUCUUCUUGCAGCUGAAGAAAUCAAGUUUGAGAAUGUCUUGGGUGCUCAGACUUCAGGCUGGUCGUCCUACCCUUGCUGCCUAAGUUCCUCUUUUAACUAUCAACAGUCCCUCCUGCUUAUGUGUGUGAUUUAGCUGAACUCUUUAUAUCUCUUUUCAGGAAAAACCUUUAUUUAUCUUUUUCAGAUAAACAGGUUUUUUUUGUUUUGGUAAUAUAUAAUGUUGGAGUAACCGAGAACAAUGCAUCUAUUUUCAAACAGUUUGAGAACAAUGCAUCUA